AAAAAAAAACCUACACCUAGACCAAUCUACGAUCCACUGUCGCUCCUUCCUUUGUUUAUGCCUAGGCCGGCUAGUCCAACCGGCGAGACACACCACGGUAUCCCUCACGCCGGAUCCCCUCUCUCUCUGUCCUUGUGUCCGAAGCCAAAGCCCGGGACGCGACAGACGGCACACGCGCUAGUCUGAAAUUUCGGACCAAUUAACCGGUGAGCCUGUGGCGCCAGCGAGCCACAGCCGACCCCGCCAUGGCCGGCUCCACCGCGGUGCUGGCCGCCAUCCUGCUCAUCGACAUCGUCGCCUUCGGCCUCGCCAUCGGCGCCGAGCAGAGCCGCCCCUCGGCGAGCCUGGAGACGGACGCGAGGAAGGAGUGGACCUACUGCGUGUACCGCCCGGACGCGGCCACCGGGAUGGCCGGCGCCGCGCUCGCCCUGCUGCUCGUCGGCCAGGCGGUGGCGGCCGUCGCCAGCCGCUGCUUCUGCUGCGGCGCCGCGCUCCGACCCGGCGGCGCCCGCGGCUGCGCCCUCAUGCUCUUCCCCUCCUCCUGGCUGACAUUUCUCAUUGCGGAGGCGUGCUUGCUGGCUGGGCUGGUGCAGUCCGCCUACCACACCGGCUACCGCACAGUGAUAUUUGAGAACCCACCGGACUGCGAGACGGUGCGUCGAGGCACGUUUGGGGCCGGCGCGGCCUUUGCCUUGAUCACCGGUGUGCUCACCGGGUUCUACUACUACAACUUCUCCAAGGCGCGGGUGGCCUACCAACGACCGGAGGCCGCCAUCGGCAUGAGCCGGUAUAGCUGAAGAGUGACGUACAUAUUUUUUUUGUCAACUCUAGGUUACGUGGCACGAUUAAGAUAAGAUUAUCUUACCAACCAUUGUACAUGCCCUAACCAUGAUUAUUGAGCCUUCCGGGCAUUCCUCUUGUAUUGGGUUAAGCCGACAGUGUUCCUAGCUGGCCCUUAGAUGUAUCUUAACUUCGCCUAAAUUCCUCGCAGAAAAAAACUCAAGAUUUUCUAA